AUAUUUUAAAAUGUAUAUAUUUUUUAGCGGGUCGCUUGUUUUGUCGAUCACAGAUGUUUAUUUAUUGUUCAUUAUCAAAAUGAUCAGUGUAAUUAUUGGAAGUGACCACAUGAUUGCACAGUUCUGAACGAAUUAGGCCAUCAGAUGGAUCAUAUCGUGUUAGAACAGCAGUGACCUUCGUUGUCUCAGAUUGAGGGGAAUUCAGGUGACACCUGAAUGCACCUGCAUGCAUUUUCAUACAAAGGUAAAAAAAAAAAAUAUAAGAGUAACAGUAAGGACACAUUUACAACCUGAGAAAAGGUGACGGGGAAGAGAAAAUACAAAUAUUGUUUUCAGAUCAGUGAGAAGAGAUCAAAGAAUCAGUCCUGACUCCAGAUAAAGGUUCCGACUUUUACAACAACUCAAACUCUAAACAUCUGCAGGAGACGAACCGUGUCUCGUUUUUCUGCGUUUGGUUUUAUUUUUUUAUUUUUACAUGAGAUGAAAAAACGGAUGCAGAGGAACAGGAAUCACGGUGAACGGCAAGACAUCCUCUGUAAUCAUGCAGCGUUUCAGCAAUCAGUGGUGACGACAUGGACAGUUUGCAAAACCCUUCACAGCAACUCUGUUUUCAUCAACAUGACCACGAUGACCACGUCUGUUACUGAACAAGAAAUAAAGGGAAAAUAACGGACUUAUCUGCUACUGUUUUCAGUAGGUUCAACUUAUAAUAACCUUAUUAUUACACAAUAUUUUUUUCUAUUCUUCUUCUUCUUAUUAUUAUUAUUAUUAUUAUUAUUAACAAUUUGCACUCGUACAAGACGAACAAAAAUAAGCUAAAACAAACAUUGUUAAACAAUGAACUUGCCUGAAACAUCAUUUUGUAUUUUAUUGUACAAAGUAUUUAAAUCUUGAUUCAAAUAACAAUUGCUAGUAUUUGUUUAUAGACCCAUUCAACAAACUACAAUAUGACCGAAACGUUCAUUUAUUUCAGUUUCUCCAUUAGAGUCAAACACAGUCUGAUGAAGCUUUACUUCUGUUUUCCUGCUUACAGCUAAUUUUUUUAAAAAAAAACGACAUUUAAGAUUAGAAUAUUACAUCAAACCUGUUUCUUUUUUUCCACCCUUAAAAAAAAUGUAUUUAGGAAUGUGGCCUUAGGAAAAUGCACGUUUAAUAUUUAAAGCAUAUUUCAUUAAGCUGUAAAUAUUGAGCAUAAGUUAGGUACUUUUAUUCUGAAAAAUGAAUACUAGUUUUCCUUCAAAUAAUAAUAAUAAUAAUAAUAAUAAUAAUAAUAAUAGAGGGUUAGAAGAAAUGUUUGAUAUUGCCUAUUUAGGAAUAGUCUCCAGUCAUUGAAUUUUGCACACACGCAACCCUAGAGAAACAAACUUUGCGCAAACAGCCGGUGAAGGGCCAAGUUAUUAUUAGUUUUCCUGCUGCUGGCCCCUGAUAUGUUAACCCGUUGUGUGCUAUCUGUUCUAACUGCCUGCCUGCCUGCGGGCUCAUCCUGGUUCUGCUCCCGGGUGUGUCGGAGUGCCUGCCUGCGGAGGAGGCUCCGGGAGCGGAGAGGAAGUGGAUCCCAUCAGCCAACACGGAGCCGCGGAGAAAAGGGAAAGCUGCAGGAACGGAACAUGGCCACCGGCCAGAAAGAGGAAGGUGAAGCCUGUAUGGUCACGAAGGAAAUUGCGAGUUGUGUGCGUUUAUGAAAGAACAGAGAAUCGGGCUUUCUAAACACAAACACACACAGAGAGACAGAAAGAAUAUACGGAGCAACUUGGACGCUCGGAAGACGCGUUGAAGCGAAUUUGUCCACCAGUGAGGGAUUCCUGUCACCGUCUCACUCAGCAGCAGAGGUCCCGGACAGUAUGUGGCUGCUGGCCCUACAGCUGAUCUGCGCUGCCUUCUAUCUACAGCCAGCAACAUGUCACCCAUCAUGCCAGUUGUGGGGACAGAAAGCAUACUGCACCGCCCGGAACUUCACCUGGGUCCCUGUUCUGCCCCCCAACAUCACCCAUUUAUAUUUGGAUAUAAACUUCAUCCAUGAGAUCAACAGGACUUCUCUCAGAGACUUCGAGGAACUCCAGGAAUUAGACCUGGGAAGCCAGAAAGUAGUCCUCACCAUCAGGAACGACUCUUUCCUCAGGCAGAGAAAGUUGACCACACUGGUUCUCGGCGACAAUGUCGGCCUUAAGCUGGAGCCGCGGGCGUUCGCCGGGCUGGUCAGGUUGAGAGACCUCUGGCUGGAUCACUGCUCUUUGACCGACUCCAUACUGGCAGAAAACUACCUGGAGCCACUUCUGUCGUUGGAAAGGCUCAACCUCUACGGGAACAACAUAGUGAUACUCAAUCCGGGUCAGUUCUUUUGGAAUCUCACAAAGUUCUCACAGUUAAUUCUUGAGCUGAAUCACCUUGAGAAAAUAUGUGAGAAAGACUUAGUUGGCUUCCAGGGGAAAUUUUUUCACCUCCUGGACUUGCGGUCGAACAGCUUCUUCAGAUCUGACGUCGACUGGAAGGACUGCGGAAACCCUUUCAAAGGAAUGGCCUUCAACACCCUUGAUAUCUCAGGAAGUGGAAUGAAUUUGGAGACAUUAAAAUUGUUUUUCAGAGCAAUCAGAGGGACUCCAAUUGCUCAUCUUAAAUGUUCUGGAAGUCUUGGAAAAGACUUUUCCUAUAACAACAUGCCUGAUCCAGACAAAGACACUUUUCAAGGCCUCGAGGCGAGUUCAGUUGUUGAUUUAGAUUUAUCAGGAAACAGGAUUUUUGCUUUAAAGACUGGAGUCUUCAGGGCUCUGAAAGACACAAAGAGGAUUGAUGUCUCCCGGAAUAAGAUAAACUUUAUAGAGACAAACGCCUUCAAUGGUCAGCAGAAUCUACUACAACUCAACCUGUCAUCCAAUCUGUUAGGAGAGAUUCGCUCCAACACCUUCACCAAUCUGAUGAACCUUCUCAUUUUGGACUUGUCUAACAACCACAUUGGUGUUCUUGGAGACAAGGCGUUCAGUGGUCUUCCCCAGUUACAUCAUUUAUAUCUGACAGGAAACUCUCUGCGACAGCUGGCAUCUCCUGCGCUGCUACCGAAUUUAGAGUUCCUCCUCCUAAAAGACAAUAAGUUGCAUUCCAUCAGCAGCAUCAUUAGCUUGUGGAACAGCAGUGUCUAUUUAGAUAUUUCAGAAAACAGAUUCACAAACCUGGAGGACCUUUAUGUCGUUUUAACUCAUUUCAAGCGUCUGCUGUACUUUUUUUACGGGGGCAACACCAUUUUGUGGUGCACUAUAAAUCCAGGGGUCUCCAUGCCUCCUGGUAAUAGUUUGGCUGUGUUGGACCUUCAUGGCAGUUCCCUCCAGAUCUCUUGGGCACAGGGGCAUUGCCUGGACAUAUUUGAUAAUUUGCAGAAUCUGAUUGGUUUAAAUAUCAGCCUCAAUUCCCUGAUGACCCUUCCUCAUGGGAUAUUCAGUGGUCUCACCUCGAUUAGAAAUAUCGACCUUUCGUCCAAUGCCCUGACCUAUCUGGAGGCCAGUGUUUUCCCAGCCAGCCUAAAAUCGCUCGACCUCUCAAACAACUUCCUAGUCUCUCCCGAUCCGAUAACUUUCCACUCACUCAGCACCCUCAACCUCUUGGGAAAUCGGUUCCAGUGUGAUUGCGCUCUGGAGGGCUUCCUGAAGUGGAUGAACACGACCAAUGUGACUUUCCUGAGCCCGGCUCAGGAAUACAGAUGCGAGUUCCCAGCUUCUGUCCACAAUCUUCCCCUAGUGGAGUUUCCCACCAUCAUGGAGUCAUGUGAAGAUGAGGAAGAAGACGUUCAGGCUUUUCAGUUGGCUCUUUUCAUCUGCUCCGCCAUUCUCGUCUUCAGCCUUGUACUCGGCGGGAUUAUUUACGCCCGCCUACGAGGGCAAAUAUUCAUCAUCUACAAAAAGAUCGUCAACAGGGUUCUUGAGGGCCCCAAACCGCCUGCCCAAGAGAACAACUGGCAAUACGAUGCCUUCCUGUGCUUCACCAACAGCGACUACAGGUGGGUGGAGGCCGCCUUGCUGAAGAAGCUAGACAACCAGUUUGCAGAAGAGAACUUGUUCCACUGUUGCUUUGAAGCUAGAGACUUUCUACCUGGGGAGGAUCAUCUGUCAAACAUCAGGGAUGCUAUUUGGGGAAGCAGGAAGACCUUGUGCAUCGUCUCCAAGGAGUUCCUCAAAGAUGGCUGGUGUUUGGAGGCGUUCACUUUAGCCCAGGGCCGCAUGUUAGAGGAGCUGACCAACGUUCUGGUUAUGCUGGUGGUAGGGAAGGUUGCUCACUACCAGCUGAUGAAGUGCAAUGCAGUCAGAGCUUUUGUCCAGAGGAGAGAGUACCUCACCUGGCCUGAGGACCCUCAGGACCUGGAGUGGUUCUAUGAGCGGCUUGUCUCGCUGAUCCUCAGAGACACCAAGGUGAAGAAGUUUGCUGAGGACAAGCCUGAGUUUGUGAAGCCAGAUUGUCAACCUCCUGCUAAAGACAAGAUUCCACUUGAGAACAUCGGAGUCGUUGCCAACUCCGAUGUUGGCAACGAUGUUAAUGAACUUACCUUCAUUAAUGUGAAGGAAGAAGGCCUUUAUGAGCCAACGAAGGCAGACUCUACUCACUCUGCACAAGUUAUAGUCACCAGUCCAUAAUCGGGGACAUUGAGUGUAAUACUGUGAACAAUGUGGUGCAGGUUUCUUGUUGAGUGCUGCCUACACUAGUUUUUAGUCAAAACGUUCAAUCAGAAUGUGACCUGCGGAGAGAAGAUGCGUGUGUUCGGUGUUUAACUUGGUGGUGGAGUUGUAAGGAGUUGUCUGUAGUGCUGAGGAGUUCAUUACCAGUGAUCAGUAGCAAUGUUAUACAUAUAUACAUAAAUUUGUUGGAAGAUGUAGUUCUUCCUUUUUUGUUUUGGUAAGUCAGCACUACUGGUACCAUUGGGAUGUAAAUGCUACUGAUUUUGGGGGGAAUUUUUGUAAAUCACUGGAGUUUGAUUUUCUGUGUUGUGUGAUGGAGCUUUCAUCAGAAUCAAAUGUUCUGUGAAUAAAUGAUAAUUUAGUUUGAUUUAACCGAAUGUUUAAAAUUUUAUUAAAUUUUUUAUUUUUUUUUAGAAAACACUGAAAAAUGAAUGAAUGAAUGAAAAAAUUAGGGGCAGUGAUUACAAGCUGCUUAGCAGAUGGUGUUGCAUUCAGGCUGCAGUAAAAAAAAAAAAGUAUGGAAAUGGUUUUUAAAUGGCAGCUGGCAAAA